AUGGCGGCGGAUCUGAACCCGGAGUGGCUCUCUUGCCUCCCGUCUUCUUGGAGUUAUGGGGUAACCCGGGACGGACGCGUCUUCUUCAUCAAUGAAGAAGCGAAGAGCACAACCUGGUUGCAUCCAGUCACUGGCGAGGCCGUAAUUACUGGCCACAGAAAAACUCCAGAUUUGCCGACUGGAUGGGAGGAGGGAUACACGUUCGAGGGAGCUCGGUGCUUCAUAAAUCACAAUGAACGGAAGGUGACCUGUAAACACCCCGUCUCCGGUUUACCCUCACAAGACAACUGCAUCUUUGUCGUCAACGAGCACUUGAAUUGUGGGAAACUGGUUCACCCUGUGUUAAACAGACAGUACAGACCCGUUCCUAAAGCGCCAGCCAAUGAGAAGAAGGAACGACCUCUGAGCACCAUGAGCGAAGCUUCCAACUACACCGGUGGCUCCGACUACGCCACUCACCCGGGCAGCCCGGCAGGCAGACCCUCAAGAUCCUCCAAAAAAGUUCACAAUUUUGGGAAGAGGUCCAACUCAAUAAAGAGGAACCCCAAUGCACCAGUGGUCAAGAGCAGCUGGCUGUACAAACAGGACAGCACAGGGAUGAAGCUGUGGAAGAAGAGAUGGUUUGUGCUGUCUGACAUGUGCCUGUUCUACUACAGAGAUGAAAAAGAAGAAGGGAUCCUUGGAAGCAUCCUCCUGCCAAGCUUUCAUAUAUCCAUGCUUUCUGUGGAUGACCACAUCAACAGGAAAUAUGCCUUCAAGGCCACGCAUCCCAACAUGAGGACGUACUACUUCUGCACAGACACGGCCAAAGAGAUGGAGUCCUGGAUGAAGGUGAUGACAGACGCGGCGCUGGUGCACACAGAACCAGUGAAGAGGCUGGAGAGGCUGAAGGUGGAGCAGCGGGGCCCGCAGGAGGUGAACAACAUGCUGAACCACCGGGUGCUGACCCGGCCCGAGGCCCAGAACAACGAGCGCAACAGAGAGGCGGGGCCGCCGCCGGCGCUGCCGCACGCCGAGGAGAAGAAGCAGAAGGACGCCGAGAAGUAUGGCUUCCAGAAGGACGGCGUGGAGCGGCCGCUCACCAAGAUCAACAGCAUCAAGCUGCAGCCGGCUCAGGCGGCGGCCAUCGCGGCCGCCGUCACCUCCUCCCGGCAGGCCAGUGGCACCGGCGCCGCGCCGCCCGCCCAGUACAAGGCCCCGCAGGUGAACGGGUCCGGGGAGCGCGCCGGGGACCGCAGCCCUGGGGAGAUGGGCAACGCCCUGCCCCCCCGGGCCCCCUCCCAGGCCCAGGCCCUGCCCCAGGAGCCCGAGAGGACCCUGCAGAGGACCAACUCCAUGCAGCAGCUGGAGCAGUGGGUCCGGACCCAGAGGGGGCGGGGCCAGGAGGACGAGACCAGGAGCAUCACCUCGUACCAGACCCUGCCCCGCAACAUGCCGAGCCACCGGACGCAGGUGGUGCCCCACUACCCCGAGGGGUACCGCACCCUGCCCCGGAACAGCAUGAUGCGGCCGGACAGCAUCUGCAGCAUCUCGCCCUCGCUGUACGACCGGGCGCUGGGGCCCUCGCCGGCCGACAAGCGGCGCUCCAUGCGGGACGACACCAUGUGGCAGCUGUACGAGUGGCAGCAGAGGCAGGCCUACACCAAGCAGGGCCCCCCCGCCGCCUACGGCACCCUCCCCAGCCCCAAGACCAUGAUCAACCUGUCGGACCAUGUGGCCCACUCCAUCCCCCCCUCGCCCUCCCACGGCUCCCUGGCGCACUACCAGGGCUACUCCCCGCUCCGCUCCUACAACAUGGGCUCCCGCUCAGAGGUGUCCUCGCCCGUCUUCCGGGGCGACGUCACCAUGGACCGCCGUCACAGGGCGCACCUCGCCAAGUAUGGUUACCCGCCUGACCGACGGUCCAUGCCGGCAGGGAUCCCAGUGCAGACCAUCACUCCACAGUCCCUACAGGGCAAGACGCCCGAGGAGCUGACCCUGCUUCUGAUCAAGCUGCGCCGGCAGCAGGCCGAGCUAAACAGCAUCCGGGAGCACACUUUAGCACAGCUCAUGCAGCUCAAUCUCGAUGCCGCCAACCCAAAGAACGAGAUUCUGUCCCAUCACCUCCAAAGGAACCUCAUGUAUUUGGACAGCCAGGUAAACCCAGAGGACUACAGAGAUAACUCUUACAUGUACCGAGCAGAGGAGCUGGAUAUCGACGCAAAGCUGAGCAGGUUGUGUGAACAGGACAAGGUGGUGCGGACACAGGAGGACAAGCUACAGCAGCUACACAGAGAGAAGCACACCCUGGAGACGGCGCUGCUCUCAGCCAGUCAGGAGAUAGAGAUGAGCGCAGACAACCCGGCGGCCGUGCAGAGCGUGGUGCAGCAGAGAGACGUGCUACAGAGCGGCCUGCUGAGCACCUGCAGAGAGCUGUCCCGCGUCAACGCGGAGCUGGAGCGGUCCUGGCGGGAAUAUGACCGGCUGGAGUCUGACGUCACUCUGGCCAAGAACAACCUCCUGGAGCAACUGGAGGCUCUGGGCAGCCCUCAGACCGAGCCCCCCAGCCAGCAGCACGUGCAGAUUCAGAAGGAGCUGUGGAGGAUACAGGAUGUAAUGGAGGCUCUGAGCAAGAACAAGCCCCAGAGAAGCACUGACAACACAGGUUUCCUGGGGUCCAAACCGAUCUCAAAUAAAUAUAAGAGCGAGGAGGAGGACUGUGUGCCCCCGCGGCCCCCCCUCCCCCAGUCCUACGACCUCAGCGAGCGGCCGCCGGCGGUGCCCCCGCUGCCCCCUCCCAGCGCCGUCCAAAUGCACGCGGGCCGGCCGGCCCUGCACCGGCCCGAGGACAGGAAGCCGGGCCAGAGGAACGGCGCGCACAGCGGCCCGGACUACAGGCUGUACAAGAGUGAGCCGGAGCUGACCACGGUGGCCGAGGUGGACGAGACCAACGGAGAGGACAAAUCAGAGCUGGCCGGCGAGAAGGAGCCCAACAGCAAAGGCAUGGCCUACCCUGUCGGGAUCGUCCCCCCGAGGACGAAGUCCCCCAUGCCAGAGUCAUCGACGAUUGCUUCGUACGUCACGCUGAGGAAGAGCAAGAAGCCAGAGCCAAGGACGGACCGUCCCCGCAGCGCGGUGGAGCAGCUGUGUCAGGUGGAGACGGCGCGGCCCAGGAUGAGCGUGGAGGAGCAGCUGGAGAGGAUCAGGAGGCACCAGCAGGCCUCGCUGAGGGAGCGCAAGAAGGGCCUGAGCGUCCUCGGGGGGCAGGAGAACUCGCCCUCUCGCAGCCCCUCUUUCUCCAAGGAGAAUCCCUUCCGCACUCUGCAGAGCCGUAGGAGGGACGAGGUGGUGUCCAGUGACAUACAGGAGCUGGAGGCGUCGCUGCGGGAGCAGGACCUGGUGAAGGAGCAGGAGACCCCGGCGGAGGAGAUCGCACGACUCAAGGAGGAGGUGCAGCAGGAGGACUUCAACAUGGAGCGAGAGCUGUCCAAGCCAGAGAAGGUGGUCAUCCCGGAGCGGUAUGUGGAAUCGGAGCCAGAGGAGGUCCUGAGCCCUGAGGAGGAAGCCAACAAGCAAAAGAAAGUGGAUCGAAUCAAAGCCCUGAUUGCCAAAAACAGCAUGCAGAACGUGGUUCCAGCGGUGACUCUGAACCCGGAGGGCGAGGUGGAAGAGGAGGCCACAGUCCAGGAGCAGGAGAAGAUGAUCAACAUCUCCUACGAGCUGGCGGCCGAGGCGUCCAAACGCAGCAAGCUGGUGGCGGUGAAAAGCCUGUCCUCUCCACCCCAGUCCCCGACCGCCCCCUCCGCGCCGUCACCCCCGCAGCUCGCAGACGGAUCUCACUUCAUGUGUGUGUAGUGGCCACAGUAAGAGCCUCUCUUCACUUCCACCGCUCGCCCGGUCCUCUCGCGGCUCCCUCUCUCUCUCUCCCCUACCCUCUCAGACCUGAUUCUGAUCUCAGACCUGUGGAUUCCUGCCCCAGUCUCCUCUCAGAGGGGUGUGGGGGAUUUUUUUUUAAAUGCUUUUCCAAAUUACAAGUAAGAAACUGACUCCCUACAUCUUUGUGGAGGGACACCUUUGUGGACAAUGUGAACACAUCCCAUGAGAAAGGUAAUAGAUGAGGGCUCACCUCCAAAUGCACUCAAAACUAUGGGCUUGCCACCAUAAAUAUAUAUCCAGUAGGAACAUGGUUUUGGACCCAGAGCUAGGCUGGUAACCAGAAUGUGGCAGAUGCAGUUCCCGGGUGCAGCAUUGUCACUCUGCCCUUGCAUUAAUCAGGGCACUGAGCUGGAGCAGUUUCAGGAAACCUCGGAUGCUAUCUGUGUGUGUCGCCCAGGGUAUUGGCAUUGGCUCAGCAAGCCAAUUGUGUGUAACAGUAAUAACACGAUGUAUCAUCUUUUAAAAAGAAAUAAUGUUUGAAUAGCAAACUGUAAAUAACUCCCGUGGAGCAGUGUAUUCUAGAACCAUUAAUGUUUUCAGCUUCCUUGGUGGAGGCCCAGAAAGAUUCAGUCUGCUGCCUCCACACAGUGUCAUUAUUCAAGCCCAAACAGCCAGGUAAAUGGGACUUUAGAGAUGCAGAGAGGCACAUCGUUCCCUUCCUGCAUGGUGGAGCAGUGAAUUCUCUCCUCUCUAUGUCACUGUCUCAUCGGUUUGGGCCCUGAGCCACCCAAACGAGCUGAGAGAGAGGAUCCUCUGGCCUCAUAGAAGAUCGAAUAACAGCACACCAUCAGAAUGUUCCCUCGCUUACAUUUCACCUCAAACACACCCUGAACACAGCGACACUUACUGCGGCUGCGUUUAAACCAGCGCCGCAAAAGAGGCCACACCUCAGCAGCACAAAGAUGUUUGCUCUCUCUCAGUGUGGGAGCUAACGAUAACAAGAAAAUGAACCAAUAAUGAAGUUCGGACAGAAAGAUGUUGAUCUUGGAAUUCUUGAUCUCGGAGCUCUAGUGCUUCGUGUUGGCUUGUUGUAGGGCAUUUAAGUUGUACUUGCAGUCAGCGCACUUCAUCAGAUUAGCCUGAGUGAUUCAUUACCAGAUCCCAGGUGCACAUGUAACAGCACUUUACCAGGAGGGCACUGACAAAUGACCACGUAACACACAGCCACUAUACUGGGCACAAGUCACAGUAAGAGGCCAGUUAUCCUGCCUGGGGUUCUGCAUUUGGCAGCUGGAGAGCAACAGAUUUGUUUGGUUUGUUUAAGUGCUUAGCAGACACCAGGAUGACUCGCAUCGCUUGUAUUUUGCACAUUUAAAGAGCUGGAUAUUAACUGAAGCUAUUCAAGUGAAGUGUCUUGCUGAAGGGAACAGCGUCGGUUUACCCACAAGGGAAUGGAUGCCACAGCCCUCUGGGUGCAAGCCCACAUACCUUACCACCGUCCCAGACCGUGACCUUUUUCAGCCUGUGACAUCGCUGCUGCCUCUACCUGAAGUGUGCAUCUGUACCAGCCUCUCUGUGGGUGGGGACAGUCCCUUCAUUUGGUGGCAGGUUUUGGUAUCACGGAGAGGGUACCGUGAGAAAAAAAUCAAUGCUUUGAACCACAGAGAUAGGACCAGUUAGUCUCCCCUGCAGGAGUUCAUUUCCUCUCUGAAGCUGAAUUUACCCUGAAAACAGUGUAACCUUUCAGUUAACAGCAAUUUUCUCACUGCACUGCAUACUGUUUCAAGCUGCAGUUUACACAUACCUCGCUAGCCAGGGAAAGAGGAAAUGCCUGCCUGCGCACACACACAAACCUGCUAUUUGUAAACUGCUGCACCUUUCAAAGACAUUGUUUUCACCGUUUCAGAAGGGAAUUAUAUAGUUACGUGUUAAUUGGGGCCAAGGCUUGUGGAACCAAUCUGUAACUCUGCAUAAUUGGAUCCAAACCAAUAAUUGUCAGAUCGAAAUAGCAUUUAAUUAAUCUGGACUGCUGCCAGGACACACACACACACACACCCUCACUUUUUUUUUUUUUUUGGCAAAUUCAUGCCAGUGUAGUAGUGAUAAUUGAUACAAAGUUUACAGAACUACUAUACCUGGACUCUUAGUUGAAGAUAUAGUAUAUAAUAGACAUAUUCAGGGCCAAUGGUGAUCCCACAGCACUGAGUCUGUAAGAUUUGUUUCACAAACUGUUUAGCACAAGUACAGGACCACCUUUUGUUUUAGUCUGAUUAGACCCUGUACGGGGGCAAGAUCAACACCCCUAAAUUUGUGAUAAAAAAGGUUGAGAAUCCCAAACAAAACAGAUCCAGGGUGGUGAUUGUACUGUGCAGAGAUGCUUUGCAGAUCUGCUGAACUUUGUUUAUGUUUUGGCUACCAUCCACAUGAUUUAAUGAUAAGCAGGUUUGCCUAGUGCAGCAGUCUAGAGCAGCCUGCAACUUUUUCCCACUGCCUCACAGAGCGCUCACGUCUGUCUCCUGUCCCCCCUCCCUGCAGCCCAAGCCCUGGCCUCAGUUAAGACCUACACCUGAGGAGUGCCAGGAUGGAGACCCGGGACAUCCC